UUUAUGGGAGUCCCAUGAGAGCCAGAAUAAAGGUUUGGGGCUUUUCACUGCUGCUUCAGCUUCUGGUGUGACUAUAUGCUGCCUGCUGCAUCUGGAAACUCUGCAACAACUUUUGCAACAGGCCAAUAAACAUGACGCACAGGACAUGGAAUCAAACUUACUCUGACUGAAGAAAUUCUUAUUUGUCCUAUUUUAGACUUUUUCCUGAAUUUCACUGCCAGGAGAGCUACGGAGUACAGGGCACAAGUUCUUAAGGAGUCAGCAACACUGCAAGAGAAGUCAUGGUCCCCUCCAUGCACUGGCUCCUGCUGCUGUGGGGACUUCAGGGUCUGUUGGCACAGGACUAUGAAGAAGGCGAUGAAGAACCAGCGGUAACCCCUAAGAAGAAGAACAAAGUAUAUUCUUCAAACUUCAUACCUCCAAAUGGCAAAUCGCUUGUUGAUGAGGACUGCAGUUUGGAGAUAGCUUUUCUUAUCGAUAGCUCAGAGAGCGCCAAGGACAACCAUGCCCAGGAAAAGCGCUUUGCCUUAGACUUGAUGGACCGGCUGCAGGGCCUGCGGCUGCAGACUGGACGGGGGUUGAGUUCCCGUGCAGCCCUCCUUCAGUACAGCAGUCACGUCAUCAUAGAGCAGACUUUCAAACAGUGGCGAGGCACAGAAGACUUUAAGGCCCGAAUUUCUCCAAUUGUGUAUAUUGGCCACGGCACCUACACCACCUAUGCCAUCACUAACUUGACCCGCAUCUACUCAGAAGAGUCAGAUACCAGCAGCGUAAAGGUGGCCAUUCUGCUCUUUGAUGGCAUCUCUCACCCAAGGAACCCAGACAUAUUUUCAGCUGUGGCUGAUGCCAAGAACCAGGGUGUCCGUUUCUUUGCCAUAGGAAUCACGCCUGAAGCCAACGAGCUGGCUAAUAAAGCACAGCUGCAGCUAAUUGCUAACUCUCCAGCUUCCCGCUACCUUCACAACCUGCAGGACAGAAACGUUGCGGAAAAAGUUAUUAAAGAAAUUGGCAAGAAGGGUCGUCCUGGAGAGGAUGGAAGCCCUGGCCCAAAAGGACAAAAGGGUGAGAUUGGGCUCGGUGGACUUCCAGGUCGAAUUGGAGCAGAGGGAAAACCAGGAUACAAAGGGGAGAAGGGAGAGAGGGGGGAGUGUGGCACACCUGGAAUUAAGGGAGACAGAGGUCCUGAAGGACCAGUUGGACCAAGAGGAAAUCGUGGACUUCAAGGCUUAUCCGGCCCACCUGGUGAUACUGGACCUGAAGGUGUGAUGGGCAAAAAAGGGGAAAGGGGACUUCCUGGGCCACCUGGAAUCCAAGGGGAACAAGGGAUUGGCCUUCCGGGACCCAAGGGUGAUAUUGGUUUCCAGGGGCAACCAGGGCCUCCAGGUCCUCUAGGAAUUGGUGAGCCUGGACCACCGGGACCUCAAGGACCACAGGGAGUCCAAGGAGAGAGAGGGCUGAUAGGAGAAGGUCUGCCUGGACCAAAGGGAGAGCGAGGCUUGGAAGGGCCACGGGGACCCAGAGGACAGCCGGGUGCUGGAAUCAAAGGAGACAAGGGGGAUUUUGGGCCACCGGGUCUUCCAGGGCUUGUCGGUCUCCCAGGACUAGGCAUACAGGGUGAGAAGGGCAUAGAGGGUCCAAGGGGGCCACCGGGAAGCAGAGGUCCACCAGGAGAAGGCAUGCCUGGGCCCAAGGGAGACCAAGGGUUUCCAGGUGAAAUUGGUGCUCCAGGGGAGAGAGGGGCUGGAGACCCUGGAGCUAAGGGUGAACCAGGAUCAUCAGGAAUGCCAGGUUUGCCUGGGCUUCCAGGGGAGGAUGGAGCCCCUGGACAGAAGGGCGAGCCCGGAGCUAUUGGCCUAAGAGGGCCAGAUGGCGCUCCUGGAAUUGGUAUCCAAGGUGAAAAGGGUGACCAAGGCCAAAGAGGAAUCAGAGGCUUGACUGGGCCGCCAGGCAUUGCUGGACCCUCAGGACCAAAGGGAGAACCAGGAGCGCAAGGCAGGCUGGGUUUGCCUGGUCCUCCAGGACGCUUCAUCACUGGACCCAAGGGUGAUCCUGGUCCAAAUGGCCCUCCUGGUCCAGUUGGGGAGACUGGCUAUGGACUUCCUGGUCCUAAGGGUGACCGAGGAGAUCGAGGCCCUCCAGGCCCAUUUGGUCCCAAAGGAGACGGCUAUCCUGGCCCCAUGGGUCCUCCUGGGCUGCCUGGACUUCCAGGAGAACCUGGGCCGGAGGGAGUGGGCGUUCCUGGACCGAAGGGCGAUAUUGGAUUUCGAGGGUUGCCUGGUUUACCAGGACUUCCAGGUGAAGGCCUCCCAGGACCCCUGGGUAACCCUGGGAGACCUGGUCCACCUGGGCCAACAGGUCCUCAAGGGCAAGGAGUUCAAGGGCCAAAGGGUGAACAGGGGGCCCAGGGUGUGGUAGGACCAAGAGGAAUACCUGGAGAAGGCUUUCCUGGAGCUAAAGGUGAUCGAGGUUUGACAGGGGAGAGGGGGCUGAAGGGGAUCAAAGGAGAUGUAGGAGACCCUGGAACCCCAGGGCAACCUGGCCGACUCGGUGCCAAAGGUGAAGCUGGCCUCACUAGAGAAGACGUCAUUCGAUUGAUCAAAGAGAUCUGUGGAUGUGGGAUCAAGUGUAAGGAGAGGCCUAUGGAGCUGGUGUUUGUCAUUGACAGCUCAGAGAGUGUGGGGCCUGAGAACUUUGAAAUCAUCAAGGACUUUGUGAAUGCAUUAGUGGACCGGGUAACAGUGGGCCGAAACGCCACCAGGAUUGGCCUGGUCCUGUACAGCCUUGAGGUGAGAACUGUAUUCAACUUGGCCCGCUAUGUCACCAAACAGGAUGUCAAGAAUGCAAUCAGAAACAUCCCAUAUAUGGGAGAGGGCACCUACACUGGUACAGCUAUCCGCAAGGCGACGCAGGAGGUCUUCCAUAGUUCACGUUUGGGAGUAAGCAAAGUGGCCAUCGUGAUUACUGAUGGGCAAACCGACAAGCGAGAACCAGUGAAGCUGGAUAUAGCUGUGCGAGAAGCACACGCUGCCAAUAUUGAGAUGUUUGCCCUGGGGAUCGUUAACACCUCAGACCCAACGCAGGCCGAAUUCCUGAAAGAACUGAAUCUAAUCGCAUCUGAUCCAGACACGGAGCACAUGUUCCUCAUUGAUGACUUCAACACCCUGCCAGCCCUCGAAUCCAAGCUGGUCAGCCAGUUCUGUGAAGAUGAGAAUGGAGCCCUAAUAUAUAACAGAAUAACUAAUGGCUACAACGGCUAUGGAAACAAUGGUUAUAAUGGGAACAAAAAUUUAAUCAAUGGAAAGUAUGCUACUGGUGGCUAUGGGUACAGGCCUGUGACCCAACCAGAAGUAGAGAAUGGACGUCAGACUGGUAUCAACACUGGUAUCAGCACACACAGCCAUGGAGGAAUGAUAGAGACCACCCAGCAUGAGAUUAAAGGAUCCAACACAGUACAUGAAGGAGGGGUGCAGCGUGGGGACACAUUUACCCACAGCACCUCAGACAAACAUCUCUCUCCAUCCAGGGAACACUCUUCAUCGUCAUCAUCAUCUUCAUCCACAAGCAUAAGUACAACAUCCUCCGGUGUUUCUGUACAGUAUGUACCUGUACCAAGGCCAGUUCUUCCCAAAGAGACUGUCCCCUUGGACCCCCGCUGUGGCUUGGUUCUGGACCAAGGCACGUGCAGGGACUACAGCAUCCGCUGGUACUAUGACAAACAAGCAAAUGCGUGCGCCCAGUUCUGGUACGGAGGCUGCAAUGGCAACAAAAAUCGAUUUGACACAGAGGACGAGUGCAAGAGGACAUGUGUGGAAGUCAGAUCAACUGGUGGCUGAGUGAGGGCAUCCGUCACACAUCUGCCUACAUUUCGAGGAGGGGCAGCUAUGACCAGCCAUUUUUCACAGGGUUAUGUGAAGUUUUAGCAUAAUUCUCAGGCAUAUACAUGUACACUGGUGUUCUGUAUCAUCUCCACAUUUUUGCCUCCUCCUCCAGGAUCUCUUGUAAUUACAGUGAAAAAAAAGGAACGUAGCAUGGAUAGAUAGGGCAGGAGAUCAUCCGUCUUCUCUCAGGAAUACAGAUGAGGGCUGGCUCGUAGCGUGUUAGGAGUUCCAAAGGACUUGACAUACCCACAGAUCAUUUUUUUCAUACAAAGCCUGAGUGCUGCAAACGUGUUGAAAAGAUGGACUAUAACUAAUAACUCCAGUGCUUCAUGACUUGUCAUAUAGAUUUAAUUUCCUUACUCAAUCACUCUGAGGUCUAUUAGUGCAUAUUCACAAAAAACUAAAAACACACAGUAGAGAUGAAGCUUCUCAUGCCUUGUAUCGAUCAAAUAUAGUUUUUUUUUCUUUUCAUAUAUAUGAUUCCUAAGUUUAUGGAAUCUUUUUGAGCAUUUGAAUGUGUUUUUUCUUAGAUUUACUGAAUGAAAAAUGUUUACACUGUUUCACUUCACAAGCUGUAACAAUAAUGGAAAUACAUGCAUACAUGUAUACUCACACACACUGCCCUCUACUGGGUAACAAGUAUUAAUGUCAUAACUGACGUCUGCUGUAUGAGCAGAAAACCUACUGUUGAACACCCCAUCUUUGUUGCUAGGCUAUACUGACUGCAUUCAUACAUACUGUACUAAGUGCUACAUGGUCAUCAUUUAAUAUCAAACAUUUUUGAUUAAUCAUUUCUAAAGUAAUAUGUGUAAAAUGCACCAACGUUAUUGUAUAAACAUGAUUUGGAGUAUGGGGGUAUUUUUUCUAAAAUA